CCAGGCACGGGGAGAACAUGCAAACUCCACACAGGCGGGGCCGGGAUUUGAACCCCGGUUCCCAGAACUGUGAGACAGAUGUGCUAACCAUUUGGCCACUUUUCCACAGGCCUUAACUAGCCUUGUGUUAUAUAUGAUAAUAGGAUAAUAUAGGUAAUAGUAUACAGUAUAUGGUAUGUGCCAUAUCAUUGACUUGAUAGGGAAGGGAUUAUAUUGUUAUUUAUAUUAUACAAGGUGCAGCCUCUCUGUAAAUGCAUUUGGCCGGAAUGUGGGCGUGUUUCUCAGCUUUCAGAAUAAGGACAGCAACAGCAGUUUAAAGCAGUGUUGUGUUUGUCCUUACAGCAGCCACCAUGCAGAGAACACACAUGCAACUUGCUGUCCUUCUUGGAUUUCUAAUUCCUCACGUUUGCAGCCUUGCCAGCAGCACUUCCCACUCUGACUGUGCUACAUGCAUUUCAUAUUUAUGCAAAAAGCAAAAGGUUCUUUUUAACAGCAUCUGUGAAGGCCCUGAAGUGUGUAACACGACAAUCCGGGCUGCAUUAGACCGAUUUGAUGGGCCGCAAGAGUGUGUGUGCGCCUGGGAUGAAGAGGGGAGCAUACAAGAGCUGCUGGCACAAUGCAAGCUGAAGCCAGCUCCACACAAGACAAGCACACUGACUGACUGGCAGUCAAGUAGUUCAAUAGAAUUUGAGGAUGCUGCUGGAUCAUGCACAGAACAAUUGAGACUUUGUGUGAGUGACUCCGUUUGUAACAAGCAUUUGGCACCUGUCCUUCAGACUUGCAUGGAGGCCCAGUGUGGCCAUGACAACUGUGGCCAAGAAACUCAACAUUUCUACAGUAGUAUGCCACACAACUUAGCUGAGAGGCUGGUCAUGUGUGAAUGUGAUCCAUCAGAUGUAAGCUGCCUACAAAUGAAAGCAGCAAUACAUGGCAGCACAUGUGAAGACGACCCUUGGAUCUGUCAGGAGGCUGUGAGACGCUGUGUAGAGGACCAUCAUUGCAGAGAAUUGCUAACAAGUUUUCAAGCCAAGUGCUGGAGCUCCAAGGAAUCAACAUGCAGUGACGUAGCUCUUCAAAGUGAAUGUUACCGCCUCAUGAAUCCAGCUCUCAUCCUUGGAGGAGAGCUGGAAUGCAGAAAGGCGUUCGUUGCCACUCUGGGCACUGCACUACACCAUACGUGCACAUGUGAACAAGUAUACGGUGCUGAUCUCUACAUAUGCAGCAUGAUUCAUGACGUGCUUCACAACAGAUCACACUUCAAGACCCACUGGAUGAGGGGUAAUGGUCCUUCUAAUCCUCCUCCAAUCAGUGAAUCAGAUGAAGGUCAGAGCGGGCUAUCUGAUUAUCUGCUCUAUAGCUGUGCAGCUGCACUGCUGGUGGGAAUUCUGUUAAUGGCUCUUUUGUGUAAAAUACGGGUGGUGAGAAGAGACAAGAGACAAGACAAACCCAGAUUCCAACCUCUUCCAAAAAGUAAUUGCAUUGUUACUAUGCAAGAUUUUCCGUAAAUGUGAAUUCGGACAUUUUGUAGCGAUUUGAACUCCUAUCAGACAAGAAGGAUGACCCAUUGAGGAGCAGUUAAGAUUGCCAUUAGAUGUUAUUCUCAUUGGUAUGCAUCCUUUCUUUCUUUUACUUCUUUUUCGUACAUCUCUUGCAAUGUUGCCUGAAAAAAGUGACACUGCAUUAAACUGUUAACAUCAGUGUUCAAUGCAUGAAUGAAUUAAUGUACAUGUUUCGCAAGAUGUAUAAAGUGUGUUAAAGGUUUGUACAACAACAAUGAAAAGUGUUCAGCUAUCAGUUUUUCAAACAAAGCAAAGCAAAUUCAUUUAUAUAGCGUAUGGUCUUUGGUUUUUAUCGAGAGUGACUCCAGGUAUUUACAAAUAGCAAUUAUCUUUUCGUUAUUGCCAAAAACAAUUAUCUCAGUUUUGUUGUGGUUUAAUUGAAGAAAAUUUUGGCUCAUACAGUUAUUUAUCUGUUUAAGACAGUGACACAACACCUCAAUUGAUCUGGAGACACUGCUAGAUAUAACUGUGUGUCAUCUGCAUAGCUAUGAUAGUCAAGAUUAAAGUUCUGAAGAAUUUGACCCAUGGGUAGCAUAUACAGGCUGAACAGGAAGGGUCCAGGAACUGACCCUUGAGGGACCCCAUAGGUCAUUGCCAUUCGAUGAGAUUGAGCACUUCCAAUGGUUACAAAAUAACUCCUUUCCUCCAGGUAGGACCUGAACCAUUUAAGGACUGUUCCAUUUAGUCCUACCCACGUUUCCAACCUGUUCAGCAGUAUAUUAUGAUCUACCGUAUCAAAAGCCACACUGAGGUCCAACAGAAUUGACACCUUUCCCGAGUCAGUAUUCAACCUUAUAUCAUUUAGCACUUUGAUAAGAGCAGAUUCUGUACUGUGAUGAGUUCGGAACCCUGAUUGAAAUUUGUGAAAAAGUCAAUUUAAGUUCAAGAAAUUGCUGAGUUGAUUAAAAAUAACUUCAACAAUCUUGGCUAUGAAAGGGAGAUUUCAGAUGGGUGUAUAGGUUGCUAACAUGGAAGCGUCCAGCGCUCUAUUUUUUUUUUUUAGCAGAGGCUUAAUGGCAGCUACUGUAAGAGCUUUAGGAAACUCGCCUGACUGAAGUGAGCAAUUGAUUAUUUGCUGCAAAUCAGCUAGCACAUACUUCGGAAUAGUUAGAUGAUAUUGAGUCAAAACAGCCCGUUGAUGGUUUCAGAUGCUGAACCGAAACAAGACUAAAUGUGAAUUAUGAUGGUGAUGUGGAUGGAAGUGAGGCGAAACAGACCUUGUAAUUAGAGUGAACAUUUCUCUCUACUGCCGUGACAGCAUGAUGGGAUGCAGCUGCAGUGCUGGAAAUUCAGACCUCUGACAGCCAUCCAUUAAAUGUUUUAUACAAUUCAUCCUGUUCAGGGUUACUGGGAAGCUGGAGUGUAUACCAACUGCUUUAGGGUGAGGGAUGCAGUAGACCCUGGACUGAUCAUUCAUCUGUCAUUCCCAACACUGACACAAAGAGACCUGUUACCUCCAGGCGAUUUAGACUUAACAUAAUAUUCUUUCAGACUAUGUUAGGAAACCAGAGUAUGCGGAAAGAACCCACACAAGCAUGGGGAAGAAGAAGAAGAAUCACCUUUAUUGUCAUGAACAUGCAUGCAUGCGCACAAAUUUGCUCUCUGCAUUUUACCCAUCACAGUGAACACACACACUUGUUAGUAGAACACACUGGAGCAGGGGGCAGCUGAAGUUGCCCAGGGAACAGUUCAGGGUAUCAAUGUCUUGCUCAAAGACACCACAGCUGUGAAUCCGAGCGAUGUUAACUGAUGGUCUGGUCAGGGUCUUGAUCCUAGGUCCCGCAUGGUGGCAGGCGAUGAUCUUAACCAUUGGGCUACGGCUGUUGCAAAGUCCACGCUGAAAGGCGAUGUGAGGUGGACAUACUAACCACCGGUUAAAGCAAAUGAGCCCAACCAGAACUAUGUGGUAGAACUUGUGGUUUUGGAAAGAACACUCCUGCUGCAAGAGUGUAGGAUAUAGCCAUGACAGAGAAAGAAUUGUUCAUCAUGCGUAAGUAAGGUUUGUAGGACAGAUGGUAUUUGAAUCUUUUUGUUGUUGUUGUUGUUGUUGUUUUGUUUGACACAGUAGUGGUUCCUUAAUAUGGACAAGAACUUCAACGGACUCAUCAUAAUUAAAAUUAAAUGAGAGGUAUUAGAUGGGGUCCAAAGAGGGAUGAUUUUUAAAAAGAUUAUUUGAAUAGUAUUCUGCUGUCAUUCCAGCUUUAAAGGUCUCAUAUUUUGGCUAUUUAGACCUCUAACAUGGACUUAGUAUAAAAGUGUGAAUUGCAUGUCAUACGAAUGUCCGGAAAAGGACCCUCUGACAGCUACUUCUGUUUGAAGUAGUUUUGUAUCCACUUUGUCCAUAUUUGGCUAAGACCUCCCCCUUUCCUCUGACUGGUUGCCUCCGUGUAGAAGACGUACUUGUGAGACCAGGCAUGUUUGUUAUGUUGACAGCGCUGACUCGGGAGCGGAAAGGGAAGGCGGAGAUCUUUGCUUGUCACAUAGAUAAGCUCGAGAAAUUUGAUUGACCUGAAUUCAGGCCUCUCUGGAGAAAAACGUCUGGAACUCAGGAAUGGUAUUACUAUACUAUCCAUCCAUUUUCAACACCGCUUAGGGUCGCGGGACGCUGGAGCCUAUCCCAGCUGACUUCGGGCGAAAGGCGGACUACACCCUGAACUGGUCGCCAGUCAGUCGCAGGCUAUUACUAUACUAUACUAUUUUAAUUAAUCUUUCCCAUGUUUACUGAGGCACCAUAGAGACAAUACUGUAGAACAUCCCAAAUACUAGAAUACUAGAAAGAGUUGCUUUGGUAAAAUAUGGCACCUUUAAGGGUCAAUGUUGGUCAUGGUGAGGUUCUUGAAGACUUUUUUUUGUUUUCACUGUAUGUAAACAUAGUUUCAUGCAUACACAAAUAAACAAUAUUGAUGAUCAAACAAUGACUCUUGAUUUUU